UAGGGAGCUGCGCGCGCUGCACCAGAGACAUGGACGCGACCUCGGCCCCACACCUCAUACCCCCGGAAAUGCCCCAGUACGGGGAGGCGAACCACAUCUUCGAGAUGAUGCAGAACUUGCUGGAGCAACUCCUGAUCUACCAGCCCCAGGACCCCAUCCCGUUCAUGAUCGAGCACUUGUCCCGAGACAAUGACAACGUGCCGAAGAUUGUAAUAUUAGGUCCACCUGCCUCCGGGAAAACAACUAUAGCAAUGUGGCUUUGCAAACAUCUGAACAGUAAUCUUCUCACCAUGGAGAACCUGAUAGAAAAAGAAUUUUCCCAUCUGGCUAGUGAAGCAAAGAAUCAUUAUCAGAAAUUCAAGAAAGUUCCCAGCACGUUGCUGGUCAGACUGAUACAUGAACGCCUGAAGGACGAAGACUACAUCAAGCGGGGCUGGAUUCUUGACGGUAUCCCUGAAACACGGGAACAGGCUCUGAUGAUUCAGACUCUGGGGAUCAUGCCCAGACACGUUAUUGUGCUGAGUGCACCAGACACGGUACUGAUUGAGAGAAACGUGGGGAAGAGAAUCGACCCCCGAACUGGAGAGAUUUAUCACACCACUUUUGACUGGCCCCCGGAACCUGAAAUCCAGGACCGACUGGCCAUGCCAGAGGGUAUCUCGGAGAUGGAGACAGCUCAGAAACUACUGGAAUAUCAUAGGAACAUUGUUAGGAUCCUCCCCUGUUACCCCAAAAUCCUGAAAGUCAUCAGUUCUGACCAGCCAUGUGUGGACGUCUUCUACCAGGCUCUGACCUAUGUCCAAACCAACCAUCGAUCUAAUGCCCCGUUCACCCCACGAGUGCUGCUUUGUGGGCCCGUGGGCAGUGGGAAAAGUCUGCAGGCUGCUCUCCUGGCACAGAAAUACGGCCUUGUCAAUGUCUGCUGUGGGCAACUGCUGAAAGGUGCUGUGGCAGACAGGUCAAAUUUGGGGGAGCUGAUCCGGCCCUUUUUUGAAAAGGAUAUGGCAGUCCCUGACAGCAUCAUCAUGAAGGUGCUGACCCACCGCCUGAAGGAGCAGGACUGCGUUCAGAAAGGGUGGGUGCUGCAUGGCUUCCCACGAGACCUGGACCAGGCACACCUGCUGGACAGCCUGGGCCACAAGCCCAACAGGGUGUUUUUCCUAAAUGUGCCAUUGGAUUCUGUCAUUGAGCGGCUGACCCUGAGAAGAACUGAUCCAGUCACAGGAGAAAGGUACCACCUCAUGUGCAAGCCGCCUCCAACCAUGGAGAUCCAGGCCCGUCUCCUGCAAAACCCAAAGGAUGCUGAAGAGCAGGUCAAGCUCAAAAUGGAUCUGUUCUACAGGAAUUCUGCUGAGCUGGAGGAGUUCUAUGUGGAUGCCAUUACUAUCAAUGCAGACCAGGACCCGUACACCGUCUUUGAAUACAUAGAGAGUGGGAUCAUUAAUCCCCUGCCCAAGAAAAUUUUCUGAUGGGCACAGAGCAAGGAGAAUCCCACAGGGAAACAAAGUUAACCCUCCACCUUAAUCUUCUGGAAACCUCAACCAAGCCAAUAAAAGAAUGCUGGUGUAGUCUCAGGUGUCCUGGGGUGAUGUGGCUGGAAAGUGGCCUUGUCUUGAGGUCUAGAAACCCAGGACAGGAAAGACCAGGGAAGCAGUGAAGUAGAUUGGGUCUCUGGAGUCAGACUCAGGACGAGUGCUGGCUCCAGCAACAGUGAGUGCCCUUGGAUAAGGCAUUUAAACCCUUGGAG